AACCUUUCACAAGUCUGUCAUCGUGUUCUGUGAAAGUAUUGCAGGGAACCGCUUGUUUGAUACAUGUGUCUCGAUAUAAAUAUUAAGUUGAAAUGGCUCCAAUACGUUACAGCCUCCAUUACGAGGACUAUGCUGAGCAUUUGAUGUCAAGAUUUGGCAAAUUACUGCAAAUGCAAUCUUUAGUGGAUAUGACACUCAUGUGCAGUUCACACACUCUGCGUGUUCAUAAGGCUGUUCUUGCAGCUAGUAGUGCUUAUUUUCAGGAAGUUCUUCAAAAGCAAACCGGUGAACCGUUGAUAAUUCUGAAAAUGCGCUUUAGCGUACUGAAAUGCCUCGUAGAGUUCAUGUACUGCGGGAAAACACAGUGUUUGGAGGAAAAUCUGGAUGAAUUGGUAUCCGCGGCUCAAUUCUUGAAAAUUAAAGGACUUUCAAAAGUGACGAAAGAAGGACUUGGUAUUGCUAAUAAUGGCGAGCUGCCUGUGUUCACGCCACCCGUGGUUAUCAACAGACCACCCCAGUCACUUAUUGACUUACAUUCACAGGAUACCAACGACCCGAAGCAGCCUCCGCCUCCGCCGCAACUAACUCCUGCUACCAGCACCAGCCAGCCAGUCGACAAUAUGGGAAGGCCAAAGAAGGACGUGGUAGUACGUAUUCCCUUCGACAUAGAGAACGGCGGUAGCGGUGGAUCCGGCGAUUACACCGACACGCCUCGCGCCAUCAAACCUCGACGCGGCAGACCCAGUGUUCGGCGGCCAGGAGGUUGGGACAGUAGUGGUGCGCUAGGAAGAGCAGCAGAGCGCGCCUUAUUGCGCCGAGAACAAGAUUCUCGUAAAGCCAUACACCAGUUGAAGCAUUUACAGUCGCGCCAUAUGCAGGAUUACAUGGAAAGAGUAACGCUAUCUCAAGCCGUCAAUAGUAUCUGCGGCCCGGAAUCGUCGUCGUCACACAGCUACAUGAACAUUGACAACGAUCUCAUGUAUAUGGACCAAACUGUCUCCUCCAACGUAUUGGAUCCCACCAUAUCUUACUCCAAAGAACCUCCAAUGGGCAAUGAGACUAUGACCUCGAGUUAUUCCACUGCAACAACCACUAGCGAGUCCUCUAACGGAGGCAUCAGUACCGCCAUGUCUCAAUAUGUUAAUGCUCUAAAAAGCGCAGGUCUACCCACUGAUCUUCCGAUACUUUUUGAAUCCGGUGAUGGUUCCUACAUAAAUGUUAACGAACAGGUUCUUUUAGACAUGGUCCAAAGCAGUGAGAUCCAAUACGAAGUAAUCGAACAACCUAAUAUCAUUGAAAAAGUUGCAGAUCCGAGUGAAAUUAAAAGCAUAGACGAUCUUUCAAAGUCUAUCGAGAGAGGGGAAAUGUUGAUGGGGAACAAAGGUUAUCCAGGAAAUGAUUAUGGUAAGGAUACCAGUCAGUACAGUCGUCACGAAGAUGCUAUUAACAGCUUAAAUGCAAUCUUGCCCGAUAAUUUGGAACCGUUCGCUGAGCAACAAAAUUUCGUUGUACUCGAUCGUCUUCAAGAAAGCAGCAACAUGGAUUCUGUGAACGCCAAUGACUUUUCAUGUAUUGAUGGCGACAUGCAAUUUUUCACGAAAUCUAUGAGUGACGAUGUCAAAAAAUAUUACGAAGAACAACAACUGAACGAUGCAAGGGUUAUGGAACAGUUGUGUCCAACGAGCACUACAUUAGACACUAACUUCAGCAUUUCAUUGCUCGAUACAAAAAGCACUAACAUGAGUCAGCAAUAUAAUCCUUUGAAUCAUGAAGAUUUAAGAAGGAACGAAGAUUGCUACUUUGGUCUACAACUUCCACAGACUUCCGAUUUUAAGGAGGAUGCCUUGGACUGUCUAAUGGCUACACCUAAAAGAACUGAUGAAGACCAUAACCAACUUGAUAAACAAGCUCAGGAAAGAGAUGAAAUAAUUCAAGAUUUGAUGAAUAUCGAGAAAAAUAUGGCCCAGAACAAUAAUGGAGAAGGAGUCAAGUCUAAUUUUGACUCAAAUGUACAAGAUUUCAAUGAUACUUUAAACGUCGACGCAGUGUUUAAUGAGGAUCCUAAUAAUAUGCAGGGUGAGAUGCAUUCUGAUAAGAACCAUAAAAACACUGAAGACUUAUCUAGUGACAUAACAUCAAGUGGUUUACAAUGGGACAAUAUUGAUAUUAGCAAUAAGGGUAAUGAAUGUGACGAAAAUAGCGAUAUGACGGAAAGUGAACGUACUCGUAUUUCAGACUCGCAGUUUCAAGACUCGGCGAUUGACCUAACUGGAGCAAAUAACAUGAAAGGUGUUGGGAUUGAACUGGAUGAAAGGGUGAAUAAAGAAAAUGAACCAACUAAUGACGGUGAUCGAGGCAUAAGUUCAGGUUUAGAAAACGACAUUCCUUUUGCUGUAGGGUUACUUCCCUUGAAACAAGUGCAGCCUACUGAAGAAGGAAGUUUGUUGAAACGAAAAAAUUCAAUCGAUGAUCUGUUAGAUAAUGUCGACGCGAAAUGUUUAAAGCGUAAAGUGAAGUAUAAGAAAUUGUGA